AUGGGACGUAAUUUUGGUGGGAUCAUCGUGGGAGUUUUGGCGAUAUUCGUCGGUUUAACAGUUGGCGCUGGUACCAAAACCAAGGACAUGUUCGCUCACGUUGGAACCAUCGCCCGUCUACCUUGCCCGGUAAACACGGGUUUAUGUGGUAAACUUCACAGUGUUAAAUGGUACAAGGACACUUCGAGGAUAUACGUGUUGAGUCAUGCCGGUACCAGUCAAAAGGCUGAAGGAGAGGCUAAGGAAAGGAUGAAAGUGGAAUAUCCCACAGAAGCUGGACAAGCGAUAUUGAAAAUCGAAAACGUAGAAAUUGAGGACGAAGCGAUUUACAAAUGCGAAAUAACGUAUAUCGAAGUAAAGGAAAGUUGUCACGAAGUCGUACAAAUUGUCAAUCUCACAACUUUGGUUAAACCUGAAGUUGUCAGGAUCAUCGGUUUGGACGGAGUAAAAAUGACCAACGGUUCAAUUUUGGGUCCGAAAGAAGAAGGUGACGAAGUGGAUCUGGUUUGUGAAGCCGGUAGCGGAAAACCCAUCCCUAGAGUAAGCUGGUAUAAUGGAUCGACGUUGAUUUCUAGAGCUCAGUACACAACGAAUGACCUAGGUGAUGGAUUGGGUACCGGCACUUCCAAGCUACAAUUAACUUUGUCCAGAGGUGAUUUAAAUGCCAGAUUCGAAUGUCGAGUGGAAAGCGAAGCUUUGGAUGGACCUAUUGUAUCCUGGGUCACCGCCGAUGUGCAUGUAAAACCAACAUUUAUGCAACUAUCUGGAGUAACCAAUCACGUAGUACAAGGAAGCAACGUAAUGCUUAUCUGUGACGUGCUUGGAGCUAGACCGGCGGCUACGAUUAGAUGGUCCAAUGGAUCUGUAGCGAUUACCGACGAAAAUCUUGUCCACACCAGUCCAGAGGAUAAUUCACGCUUAACGACAGAGGUUAAGUAUAACGAAAGAGAUGGAACGUUCAAUACGAAAAGUACCCUAGUGUUUCAAGCUAGCCACUAUGAAAACGGUGUCAAGAUACACUGCUACGCCGAAAACGAAGUCACGAAACACAAAGGUGAACCGGAGGGACACAAAGUGUUAAUUUUGGAAGUGAGAUAUCCUCCAGUAGUUCUAGUAAGACCAAAAUUCAUCACAGUAAACGAGAGUACAGCCCUGGCUCCGACAAACGGGACAUUGCUAAUAUGCAGCUAUAAAGCAAAUCCCCAAGAGCUGAAGGGAGCUUUUUGGUCUAAAGAUGACAAAAACCUAACAUUAACCGAUAAAAAAAAAUACAGCGGAGGUACAAUCGAAAAUCCGCCGUUAAUAAUUUAUAAUGUUACACGAGAUGAUAUGGGAGAGUACAGUUGCUGGCUUAAAAAUGAAGUUGGAAUGGAACAAUCUGAAGACACCAUCAAUUUAAAUGUUCAAUAUCCUCCAGAUGUAGAAGUUCUCAUGGAGCCGGUCAUUCCAGUUAAGGCACAAGAUAAAACUAAUGUUUUGUUGCAGUGCAACGUCACAUCCGGGAACCCUUCGAAUUUGUCAAAGGUAAGAUGGUUCCUGGACGGGGAACUAAUGAAAGAAUUUCCCGAAUGCAAUUACACUGCGAGCGACGACUCAGGUGGUCCGUUCUGUGGUCUGGAUCCGAGCAUUUUAAGUCUGGAGCGAGUUGAUGAAACGUUCGCCGGAAAUUACACUUGCCAAGGCGAGAACGUGGCCGGUUGGGGACCGAUUUCAGAACCGGCCGAGCUGGUCGUUUAUUAUCCACCUAGUCCAGCGAAAAUUCGAUCCUACCCAACAAAAGUAGUAAAAGGUGCUGAAGUGAAUCUAGAAUGUAAAGUGGAUUCGACGGGAAGGCCGGAUAAUGUAACUUACAUUUGGUAUAGAGGUUCACAUCAAAUGACCGACAUAACAACAUCCAAGCAUAAAAUCGUCCCUGUAGGAUUGGAAACUAAUAGCAAUUUCACUUGUAUAGCUAUGAAUGAAGGUGGUCAGAGCGAGCCUGCUACACUUUUCAUCAAUGUCAAUGCUCCACCAGCCCUUUUUGAUCGACUCAAGCCAUAUCAAGGCAUCCUCUAUUCAGCUCAGCAAAUCAACCUUACGUGUCGCGUAGAAUGUUCUCCAUUAUGUAGCAUCAUCUGGAAGAAAAAUGGAAGAAUAAUUGAUUUCAGGAACAAUCCAUUGUAUUAUAACAAAACUGUCAUACACGAACCUGAUAGACAAAAGAAUAUUUUCGAAUCAGUUGAGUCAACUUUGAUAUGGAAUAUGACAGCUUGGCCGGGAAAUAAGCUUAACCGCACUGCCCCAAAUUCUAAUUACACCUGUCAGAGCGAAUCGAACCAGAUUGGACCGGGAGUUAGUUCGACGAUUGAAAUUGCCGUUGAUUAUCCUCCUGAAGAAGUUGAUGUAACAACAAAACUACUAAAUGUUAUUGAAGGCCAAGCUCCAAAUCCUGUAAAAUGUCACGGAAAAGGCCAUCCGAAUUUAACAUAUAAAUGGAAAAAAAAUACGACAGCUGAACCAAAAGAAUAUGGGGAAGAGCUACGCUUAGGUCCCAUGAUAAGAUCAGAUUCGGGAACGUAUAUUUGUGAAGCUUCCAAUAAACAUGGCACUGAAAAUGCUGUAGUUUACUUCAAUGUUAUGUAUGCUCCCGAAUGUUCAAUUACUCGGACUGAGAAAGAUGGAAGCCCGGCCCUAUUGUGUACCGUUCAAGCCAAUCCACAAGAAGUGUCCUUUUUUUGGAAAUCGCGCGAAGGUAACGAGACUAAUAGCAUCGUCGAUAAUAGCUACAUUAUCCAGGAUGGGCUCAAGAGUUUUUUAAUUUUGGACUCGACGGUGGACACGAAGAGAACUUAUCAAUGUUUCGCUAAUAAUUCGGUUGGAUUUAGUGACAAGCAGCCGUGCGAAAUGGACGUGGCAGGAAUCCUACCAUGGUGGAAGCGGCUAACCAAAGAGAAUCUCAUCAUUAUUAUAGCUAGCAUAGUAGCUAUCAUAAUUUGCGUCAUUAUAAUAUGCAUCGUGAUCAUAAUCCUGUGCAGAAGAAAGAGAGCGAACACAAAAUCGCCCAUCAACCCAUCAUCUACAGUCGGAGAUAAGAUAAGGCUGGGGGUUGUCCCACCGGUUGGAAGUAUGCAGGACCACCCCCUUCACCAUCCCAACAGCACCCACGAUCCGAACGACAAAGGUUUCUAUGAAAACCUACCCUUCCAUGGUAUGCAGAACCCACCGAAUAAGAACGCCUUUUAUACGCUAACCGCCCCCCAUUGCAAGCAACCAAUAAUGCCCCCCCAGUAUUCCGCUACCAUACCCCACCCGAAGCACAACAAACUUUUACCAAAGGCCCUCUUCCAAGAACAAUUGAUGGCGAAAAGUAAAAGUUUCUCCAGCAAGUCUUCGAAAAAUAAAAAGCAUUUUCAAAUACCUUUACAAAAGUGUCACAGUUUCAAAUUUCAAACGGCCGAGAGUUACUUUCAGCCAAUAAAAAAUAUUCAUGAAGAAAAUUUGAUGAGAAAUGGAUACGUCAGCGACUAUCCAGCUAGUUCGUCUAAUAAUAGUACGAGUAGUUUGCAAGAAAAAUAUCACAAAAGAGAUAAACCACCAAAGCAGAAAAGCAAAGGUCCUCUAGUAUUACGUCAUCCCAGUGAUCAGUUUCAAGAAAACAUUCAAAACUCGGUCAAGCUCCAAUACCCUCAACCACUCAUACCCGGAAGGGGGAAUAAUAAAAAAAAUAAGCCAAACGGAGUUAUCCAAUAUGCUGAUUUAGAUAUGACUGCGAGCAAGAAAAGCUCCCACGAGAGCUCUAGCUCAAGCUCUACGAAAAGUCAAAGCAAGAAGCCAUCAAAACCAAAGACUGAGUACGCCACUUUGAAAUUCAAUGAAAUCGGACAGGAGAUAGAUGUUUAA